GUGACAGUGUGGCAGAAUUGAGGAGCAGAUGAUGUUCUCCAGCAAACCCACAGCAGUCUGUUUGAGUGUGAAGCUCUGUGUUUCUCUGCAUGUUCAGAGGUGAGCUGCAUUGCCGCUCUGAUGUGGAAAUGUGGAGUUUCCACGUAUUGAUGAGGAAGCGUAGUGUGAACGGGAUCAGGGUUUCCCCGUAACCUGUUCAUAAGAGACACAGAAACACAGAGAACUGCUGACCGCUGCUCAUGUCCUCCCGUGUCUACUUCUGUCAGCAAAGCUCUUCACAUCGGCAUCAUGAUCAUCAACAGGCAGUGUCUCUUUGAUUGCUGCACAUGUAUUGUCAUGUUUUCCCUGAGAUUAUUCCUGACCUCGGCUCUGCCUCUGAAAGACAGUUGUGUGCUUGUGGGUCCAGAGAUCCCGGAUUAUCGAGUUCAAGGCGAAGCGGUUAUCAUCAGAUUCCCUUUUCUUGAAGAUGCAGUGAAUUACAGGAGCUUGCGAGUGGACAACAGCUCGACCUUCCACAUCCAUCACAGCAGCCUGAGGAGCGAGAGCCAUGAUCGGGUGAUGCUGACCGAACGCAGGAUCUUGCUCCUCCCGUCUCACACAUCAGACUCUGGAACCUACACCUACAUCUUCAGGAGCGACACGUUCUGCCUCACUGGGAGUAUUACAGUAAUGAUCUAUGAGGCAGAGGAGCCAAACAUGACUGUAAUGCCCUACACCGCACGCACAGGAGAAGAUACAGAGAUCAUCUGUCCCCACUUGAAAUAUUUCAAAAGGUCAGAAAAUCCAAAGUGGUACAAGGAUUUUCAGAGCACAGCUCUCCCUAUUGGCAAAGGACAGUAUACAAUCGAGAGAGGCAUAAUUCUGGCCAUCAAAAACAUCUCUGUAAAAGAUGAGGGCUUCUACACUUGUAGGCUAAGUGUGAUUUUCAACAAUACCCAGUAUAAUGUGAGCAGGACCUGGAGAGUUCAAGUGUCAGUCCCAGUAUCAGAUGGUGCUGCACCAGAAGCGGUCACCUCUAACAGUCUCAGUGCUUUCACAUCAUCGAGUCAUUCAUUCCCUUACAUUGUCUUUCCUGCAAACGGAUCCUUCAUUGAAAGUCAUUUAGGCGCACAUUUGGUGAUCCGGUGCAUGGUGUCUGUUGGAAACCAAUUGGCUCAGUCCACAGAUGUGACAUGGAUUGUUAAUGGCCAGCCACUUGAAAACUCUUACCUGGGUGGACGUGCAUUUCAGACCGAUAAGAGUAUCUCAGGAGAGCAUCUGGAGGUGCAGCUGGUUAUCCUUGAGCUUCUGGAAGAGGACCAUGGGACGGAAUUGAAGUGCAUAUGUCAAAACAAAGACCAGAAACAGGAAGUUGUCACUCAGAUCAAACUGGAAGACUCAGAGUCUGUGUGGUUGGUGGUAGCUGCUGCGUCCUCCUGUUUUAUACUAGUGGUGUGUGUUUUUGCAUAUCAUUUGUGCCAAAGGCCGCAGAAAAGGGACUAUGUUCUGGCUCGACAGAACAGCGCCAUUUGAAGAUGGCUUCCACUUCUUCAACAAUGCAACUAUCUUCAUCAUGUUUUAGUUACUUUGAUCUUUUGUGUUGAAUUGGUGUUUUGCUUGAACUUUGUUUUCCUAGAUCUCGGCUCACAGUUCCCUCUCUACUUGUUUGUGGGUGUUUCUUGUUUCUUGCCAACAUUACUCCCAUAUACACGCUCCUGUGUUUUUAGAUCUUGUUUGGUCUUGUUCUGUAUGUAUAUUGGCAAGCCUGGGUUCCUCGUUUUUUUUUUUUUUUUGUCAAAACAUGUUCUUUAUAGGAUAUGAUAAAAUGGAAAAUUUGAUCAGAUAUUGGCAGACAACAAAUCUGAUUUAGCCAUUAUUUUAUAUCUACAGCAGUCUACCCCAUUAUUUCAGACAUUUAACACAUAUUGUUACUCUUCCCCAGUUCCAGUCACUCAAGUCAGGUUUAUUUGUAUGGUGCUUCUCACAACACAAAUCAUUUUAAAGCGUUUUGUGUGCCACAACGUCAGUGUAUUCCUUGAAAUACACACUUGUUUGUAAAACGUCCUCCAGUAACCCUUUAAAAGUAUAUAGUAUAAUUUUAAUGCUAAAAUUCUGUUGCAUUACUCUAGAAGGGCCUGUCUUUUGGGGACGUAGGAGAACUGGAACAGAGCCAGCCUAGAAUACCAUCAGUGGCAAAUGCUUUAAAUGGUCUGCGCUCAGGCAAAGCUUUUAACACAAUUGUAUCCGAAAGGUUCAUUACGCAAAGCUUUUUAACACGGUUUAUGUUGUGGCCAUCUAGUGGCCAUAAAAAUGAAAAGUGCUGUGUUCCAUAAAAGCUGCUGGUUUCUCAUCUGGUUCUACAAAUGAUCCUUUGUUUUAUUUUAUUGUAUUGUAUAUAAAUAAUGGUCAUUGUCAAAGUCAUUUGUGUCGGUGUAUUGGCAGUAAAAUAAAUGAAACAAAUUUAUAAAUUAAAUUUGUGAUCUGUCUAUUUUAAAUCUGCCUCAGUCCUUAUUGUUAUUUUGUAGGCAAAGUUCAUUUGAGCUUAAUGUCUAAAUUAUGAUGUUGGGGAAAAUA